CCCACGACUGCAGCUGCAUGGGCUUGGUCGGCCGCUUCCUGAGCCAGCUAGCGUGCUUGCUCUAUCUUGUUCUCUGUACUAUCGCUCUCUAUGGCUAUUACUGCACAUACUACCGCUACAAUCUCAAAGGACGACAGGACUCAGCGGCAACAGAGCUGUUGGAUGAUGAAGAUGCAGACUCUCCCUGUGUCAGCAUUCUACGGCCUAUGCGGGGUCUUGAGCCACUUCUGGAAGAAUGCUUAGCCUCUGUAUUCAAUCAAAGCUAUCCCCUGGAUAAGUAUGAAGUCAUCUUGUCUGCAGCAGAGGAAGAAGAUCCAGCUGUGUUGAUUGCACGUCGUGUCAUGGCAGCUCAUCCACAUAUCCAAAGCACGUUGAUCCUUGGCGACUGCCCGGACGUCGGACCUAAUCCCAAGAUUGCAAACCUCGUUCAGUCUUGGGCAAGGGCAAAAUAUGAGAUUCGGUGGAUCUUGGAUAGUAAUGUGCUUGUACACCCUGGCACUUUGGCUGCUGCUGCACGACACUUCACAAUACGCGAUAGACCUGUUGUCAAUCUCGUUCAUCACUUACCUGUGGCUAUUGCGCUGCAAGGUGCUGGACUGGGGGCAAAACUCGAUGCACUGUACCUCUCAACGCUGCAUGCAAAAAUGUAUGCUUGCAUCAACGAUAUCAGUGUGGCGCCUUGCGUCAUGGGUAAGUCCAAUCUUAUUCGUGCAUCUGCACUAGAAGACGGGCAAAACAGUGGUAUUGCACGGUUCGCCAAGUAUAUCGCAGAAGACCAUUUGAUGGCAACGCACGUCUGGCGCGGUCGGCAUACACACGUUCUAGACCGCGAUUAUUGCGUAUUGCAACCCCUGCAAGAUAUAUCAUUCUUUGGAUUUCUUGCUCGGCGUGCACGUUGGAUACGUGUGCGCAAGUACAUGGUCACUGCCUCAACAUUGAUUGAACCUUUCACUGAAUGCUUUGUGCUCGGCUUGAUGGGCGCCUAUGCGAUGCAUGCCGUGCUAGAAACCAGCGUGCAGACGUGGCUAGCACUGCAUAUCCUUGCUUGGUUCUUACUGGACUAUGGACAAGCACAGGCACUCGCACAACACGGCGAUGCCAUCCCACAGCAAGCACGCAAGGCGAUACCUUUGUGGGAAUUCACAUAUGUCUGGUUUCUGCGGGAGUGUACGGCAUUACCUGCAUGGAUUUGGGCCAUGAGUAAUGACAAGAUUAGCUGGCGUGGUACACACUUUGUGAUACGACGUGACAUGACGGCUGUACGAGCAUAGGGGGGUACAUGAGCUUUGAUUAUGAUGCACUGAACUGUAGUAAAGAAGAGCCCUACUUGAAGAC